AUGGAUGACAUCGUGUGGAUUCGCGAUGAUGCUCAAAUCGACGACGAUUCAGUUCCUGUUUCUGAUCAACCUCCAUCCAACGAUGUCCCUCCUACCACUGCCGACGAAGAACCUGAAACAUUCGUCGAGAUUCCUGUAACUUUUCAACCAAAAUCUACUGAAGUUCGAUUCUACCCGAAGCCUGGUGAAGAGUCGUCACCAAAUAAUGGCGAACGUUACGGCCCCGUUCCUGUUGAAAUUUACAACCCAUUUUCUUCUUCAUCACCCAAUUCUGCCCCAACAUCUGGUGAAGCUGCAACAGCAAACUCAACAAAUCAAAAAAAUGGCGGAGGAAAUGCAAUUGUGAUCAGUUUGUUGUUCAGAGGUGGUAAUGGCGGCCCCCAGAACGGAGUAACUGCAACGCCAAAGGAAGAGCCAAUUCCUAAGGACAGCACGGAACCUCAAAAUGAGCUCCACAAACCAUUGGAAACGAGUCAGCGUGAUAAGUCCACCGACGGGCCAGCCCAAGCUGGAAAUGACCUGGACCACCGCCAGAGAACAGAACCGGCUGAAAAAGAAGCCCCUCAACCUAUGACCGAACAGAAGACGCUUGAUAGUAGUCAACCUAGUGUCGCAGAACCAGCUGUAAUCAACUUGGUGUACAAGGAGACUCAACAGAAGCAAGAGGAACCCACCAAAUCGCCGCCGAAGUUGGAGGAACCCAGUGCAGAGCCAGCAGUGAUUAGCAUAGUGUAUAAGGACCCAUCUGAAAAAAGAGUAGAGACACAGAAAGAUGAAAUCAAAAUGGGAGUUCCCAAUGAG